AUGAAUCUGAUGGCAACUACUUGGAAGAUGAUUGUGGGGAAUUCACCUUUAUGUUCUUUUGCUUGCAACAAAAAAGAGCCUCUUGAGCCUCAAAGGAUUAAGAAAUUUGGAAUUGAGCAUCUCAGGUUCAGGAAUGACUUUAAGUUGCUUGACAAAAUCACUCAAAGGAUUAAUGUUUCUGUCUCGGGUUCCGGUAUGACUCGUCCUGUAAAUGGAAGUGAAAUGGGUGUAAUAGAAGACACCGACUUUGAACUAAUUAGUGGAAUCAUUUACGAUGCAUGUAAAGAGCAGGGAGUAAAUGCAAUGCCUGGUUUGCUUUGUUGGGAAUGGAAUUUGACGGAUAAGAAAAAUAUUGUAGAUCAACUGAGUUAUUGCAGUAGGGAAGGAAAUUUAGGAGUUGGCAAGAUAUUCCAUGCUUUGGUGAUAAAGACAGGGUUUUGUGGUGACAAGAUUGUGGAUACAGCUCUUGUUAAUAUGUAUGCCAAGUGUGGCGAAAUUGGUAGUGCAGUGAAGGUUUUUGAUGGGAUGCUUUCCAUUGAUGUAGCUUCAUAUAAUUGCUUGAUUUCUGGGUUUCUGAGCAAUGAAAUGUUUGAUGAAGCUUUAGGCUCUUUGCCAGAUGGGAGGAUUCAGCUCCAUGCACAUGUAGUGAAGCUGCAGCAGGAUGUAGUUAAUGGAGUUGUUGCUAAUUCUCUUUUGACAAUGUAUUGCAAGUUUGGGAUGAUGGAGAAUGCUCAAAGUUUGUUUCAAAGUCUUCCUAAGAAGAAUGUUGUAUCUUGGACUGCCAUUAUAUCUGGACUUUACCAGCAAAGAGCAUUAGAGAAGGCCCUGCUGCAGUUCUACUUGAUGAGACAACAUGGAUUUGAACCAAAUGAAUAUACAUUGACCAUGGCCUUAUCUUCUUGUGGAGGUAUAAAGCAGUUUGACAAUGGUUAUGCACUUCAUGCUCAACUAGUUAAAAAGGGCAUGGCUUCGGAGCUUUUGUUGGCACUGCAAUCGUAG